CCAGCCACAGCCACACACAUGGCGGCCAGACAUGUGUGAAGGUACCUACCUACCUGUGCAUCAUGACCUGUGGACCUUGAACGAAUGCUGACCACACAGACAGCAACCAACAGCAAUCACACAACGCAACGCAUCCAUCCAUCCAUCCAUCCCAUGCCCGUGUCGGGUACGUGUGUGUGUGUGUGUCUUACCGAAAGGUUAUAGAUGCCUACGGAGAGGUCCUUGUUCUGAUAUCAAUACAUCAAUCACACGAGAGAACCCGCACGCACACACGCACGAAUGAAUGAAUGAAUGAAGGAAUCGCUGACGGAACGAGUCACAAUCGUUGCUGACUGACCCACGCCACGCACCUCAUCGUAGUCGCACCACUCCGUGUUGUCGAACUCGAUAUCCUGAUAGACACACACACAGUGUCACACAUUCAGAUUUGGCACACGCUGCCUGCGUGUCGGUGAGGGCGUGUGCUGUGCGGGACCUGGAAUACUUUGCCGCCGGUGCUCUUGACGGUAUAGCCGCCCUGAGGAUGCCACACCACCGGCUCAACACUGACACCAACCAACCAACACCCAUGAUUCAACGCACGUGAAUCGAAGCCGUCUGCUGGCUGGCUGGCCUGGCCUGGCGUGGCGUACCCUCUGCAUUCGAAUGCGACGAUGGGCACCUCCUUGCCCGAGUCAUCGGCCGUGUAGUCGCGCGUCACACCCUUGAUCUGAUUGAUGCACACACAGAUGAGAGAGAUGCAUCCAUCGAUGGAAUGAAAUGCAUACAGCCCAAGACAGGCAGACGGGCCAUUUUAGUGAGUGAUUCCCUCCCUCCCUCACGUGUUGGACAUUCAUGCUGGACUGGCUCUUGCCGCCCCACCGAACCACAAAGUUGCACGUGCUGAAAGAAAGAGUGACGCAUAUGCAGGCAGCACUUUGAAUGAAAGCGACAGACAUCUGUUCGCUCAUCGAUUGGCCCACCCUCGGCUGCCCGCCAUCUCGAACUCAUCUGCAGUCAGCGUAACACACAUACACGCACAAGCGGCUGGAAUGGGCGGGCCUGGACGCUUGCUUCAUUUGCAGUGUCUGGGCUGACCUAGUGGGUUGACGGUGAUGCGCUCCCGCAUCUCCUCGCCGCUCGACUGCUUCACUGCACAUCAAAGCGAGAGGCAGGUGAAGCAGCACACAUCUGCAUGGAUGGAUGGAUGGAUAAGGAUUGCUUUGUGUUCCAUCAGUGCGCCCACCGUCGAGGCACCAGAUGUGCUCCCUCGGGACGGAGAAGCUCUCGACGUUCUCAAGGUCAGCUUUGAUGCAGAGCAUUAUCACCACCAUACUUGACGGUGGCACUGGGCCGCAGCAGCCUCUAGA